CCUGUCAAUCACCACGGCGGAACCCUUUGAUGUCUGGGGUCUCGUUCUGGUCCUGCUCACUCUUGCAGGAGAACAUCAGUCCUCCUCCAGGCGGCCACGGGACGCCACGGUACAACUUUUCCCCCUCUUCUUCCGGACUUUUGAAGAGGACAACCCCGUAGAUUUGACGUCUAUCUGUUUUGUGGUUUUUUUUUUGUUUUGUUUUGUUUUUUUUUUUUUUUGGGGGGGGUCACUCUUUCUUGGUCGUGUUGGAGACACGGAAGGGGGGAAAAAAAGCGUCCACGGAAUCGGACGGACGUCGACAUGCCUCAGCAUGGGGGGGACGACCUGGGCGCCACCGACGAGAUGAUCGCCUUCAAGGACGAAGGCGAGCAGGAGGAGAAGGUCCACCAAGAGUGCGCCUUCACCGAGCAGGACCUGGCCGACCUCAAGUCGUCCCUGGUCAACGAGUCCGAGAUCCACCAGCAUAGCCCGGCCGGCCCCGGCGGCGGCGGUGGCGGCAGCGGCGCCUCCUCGGCGGUGAGGCGAGGGCAGCUGGCCGAGCAGCAGAGGGGCUUCGCGGACAAGCACAGGGAGCACCUCGAUGCCGCAGCAUCGAAACAUCAAGAUGGCAGCGUGUACAAGACGCCAGGGUACCCAGGGUACCCCUUUCUAAUGCUGCCGGACGCCUACCUCCCCAACGGCUCCGUGUCGCCGACGUCCAACAAGGUUUCUGUGGUGCAGCAACCCCACGGGAUGCACCCGAUCACGUCGCUGCUGCCCUACGGCAACGAGCACUUUGGCACCAGCCCCCCGCACCUGCCCACUGACAUGAGUCAGAAGACGGGUGUUCACAGGCACCAGUCCCAGGACCUUUCAGGAUAUUAUCCACUCCCUACAGGCGGUGUUGGCCAGAUUACGCCCUCUAUGGGUUGGCAGAAGCAGACGGUGUACCCCGCCGCACUAUCCCCGUCCGGCUUCCGACAAUCCUUCCCCUCCAACCUUCCCGUCGCCUCGUCCUACUGCAGGUUCUCUCACUCUCUGAUGCUGGGCCCGUCCGGCAUGCACCCCACAGGCAUCCCGCACCCUGCCAUAGUGCCCCCUUCAGGCAAACAGGAACACGAGCAUUAUGACAGGGGCAUGUACCCGAAGCCGCACGUAGAGGCCAAGCGGGAGAAGGAGCCCAAGAAGCCCGUCAUCAAGAAGCCCCUCAAUGCCUUCAUGCUCUACAUGAAGGAGAUGAGGGCCAAGGUCAUCGCGGAGUGCACGCUCAAGGAGAGCGCCGCCAUCAACCAGAUACUCGGACGAAGGUGGCAUGCGCUGACACGUGAGGAGCAAGCCAAGUACUACGAGCUGGCACGCAAAGAGAGACAACUUCACAUGCAACUGUACCCCACCUGGUCUGCACGCGACAACUAUGAGGCGGCAGCCGAAAAGAGUAAAGCCGAUUGGGGAAAGAAGAAGAGGAGGAAAAGGGAGAAGCAGCAGGACCCCAACACAGAGCCUGGCUCCCCUAAGAAAUGUCGAGCUCGCUUUGGCCUCAAGCAGCAGACAGAUUGGUGCGGUCCCUGCAGGAGGAAGAAGAAGUGCGUUCGCUACCUUCAAGGAGGAGGCUGCGCGAGCCCAACUUGUUCACAUUUAAGUGCCGUAGACUCCACGCCGCCACCCUCGCCCGGCACCGUGGCCCGGAGACCCCAUUUCCACCAGCAUCAGCAGUGCACUUCUCACCCCCUUUCUUCCACAAGCCCGGGCAAACGAAAGCACCCGGAGCAGCCGCCGUCGGCCACGUGACUCGGCUCGCUCGCUCGCUCGCUUUCCUCAGCGGGCGAGGGGGGGGGGGGAUUCGUAUCAAAAAGUGU